AUGCCCAUGAGGGAGGUGGAUGAGCAAAUGUUCAACAUUCAAAAUAACAGCAGCUACUUCACUGACUGGCUCCCCAACAACGUCAAAACAGUCGUCUGUGACAUCCCACCCCGGGGGCUAGAAAUGUCAGCCACCCUCAUUGGGAACAACACGGCCAUCCAGGAGCUCUUCAAGCGUGUCUCAGAGCAGUUUACAGCAAUGUUCCGGCGCAAGGCCUUCCUCCAUUGUUAUACCGGCGAGGGGGUGGAUGAGAUGGAAUUUACGGAGGCGGAGAGCAACAUGAACGACCUGGUUUCUGAGUAUCAACAGUAUCAGGAUGCCACAGCUGAGGAGAAGGAGGAGGAGGCCUAG